GGUGCUGAAAAAGAAAACGGAGAAAUCAAUAUUAUUUUCCAACACUAGCAUUCUUCAGCAACAGGCAAAGGUUGACAUUGAUUCUUGCUUGUAGAAACUGGUAUUGUUUUAUUCUUCUUGCCAACUUUCUUGAGUGAUAUGUUAUAUAUUGUAUAGGAAUGGAUGCUCAAGUAUCAUAUGCCUUUCACUCUGAGAGGAAGCUACAUCCAGAGAAAUUUAAAAACCAAUUAGUAAACCAGAGUACUUAUUUAAAGCUUGGAUGUACUCAAGGAUGGUUUUCUGCCUCUCUUCUUCAUUCUUUUUCACGCAUCAGGUCCAUUGUUUGCCUCAACUUGCCCAGUUUUUCUGGUGGACUCAAUCCUUGGGGAAAGCCCAAUGGGAAGAAAUUGCGUGAUCGGGACUUCACCCCUCCCUACGUAGAUGAUGGCCUUAUUGAAGUUGUUGGUUUUAGGAAUGCCUGGCAUGGGCUUUUACUGCUUGCUCCAAGUGGACAUGGGACUCGUCUUGCACAGGCAAGUAGAAUUCGUUUUGAGUUCUGUAAGGGUGCAGCUGACCACACAUUCAUGAGAAUUGAUGGAGAACCUUGGAAACAACCACUCCCAGCUGAUGAUGAUACAGUUGUUGUGGAAAUUUCUUAUCAUAACCAAGUGACAAUGCUGGCCACCACAUCAUGCCGAUCCAGAAGUAUACAUGAUCCAGCUUCACCUAUCAAUGGUCAUGAUGAUGAAGAGGACAAUACUGAUGAAGAAGAUGAAUCUGCUGAAGAUUGGGAAGAACGAAGGAAGUUUGGAGCGGCUGACACUUUCAAAUUUCCAGAUGAUUUUGAUAUAUCUCAACUUAGUUGAGCUCUAAACAUAUUAUCCUGUAGCGUAUUGCUUUGGCUAUGGUUGGUUAUGUCUACUGUGGCCAGCAGAACUAAUAUCCAUUUCCAAUGUACAGCCCCGUAUCCACCUCAUUAUUAUGGUUUCAGUAAAAAAUUUUGAGCAAUUUUGCUGCA